AUGAAAUUCCCGGGCUCCGUCCUCGUCUCGCUCUUCCUCUUCGUGGCCGAGACGGUGGCCGCCCUGUACCUGAGCAGCACCUACCGCUCGGCCGGGGACCGCAUCUGGCAGUCGCUGACGCUGCUCUUCGCGCUCCUGCCCUGCGUCCUGGUCCAGUUCAGCCUGGUCUUCAUCCACCGCGACCUCAGCAGGGACAGGCCGCUCGUGCUGCUGCUGCACAUCCUGCAGCUGGGACCCCUGGUCAGGUGCGUGGAAGUCUUUUGUAUUUACUUUAAUGCAGGCAGAGUGGAAGAGCCUUAUGUCAGCAUCACCAAGAAGAGGCAGAUGCCAAAAGAUGGACGUUCGGAAGAGGUUGAGAAGGAAGUGGGCCAGGCAGAGGGCAAGCUCUUUACCCACCGGUCUGCAUUUAGCCGGGCGUCAGUGAUCCAAGCUUUCCUGGGCUCUGCACCGCAACUGACGCUUCAGCUGUACAUCUGUGUCCUGCAGCAGGAGAUCACGGCAGCUAGAAGUAUCUUCAUGGCCCUUUCUCUCCUGUCGAUUGUCUAUGGCGCGCUGCGCUGCAACAUCCUGGCCAUUAAGAUCAAGUAUGACGAUUAUGAUGUCAGUGUGAAACCUGCUGCCUACCUCUGCAUCUUCCUCUGGAGAAGCUUUGAGAUCGCUACCCGGGUGAUCGUCCUUGUCCUCUUCAGUUCAGUCCUUCAGAUCUGGACCUUGCCUGUGGUGCUUGUGAAUGUCUUUGCAUUUUUUUUCCACCCGUGGAUUCUCUUCUGGCAAAGCAAGUGCACUUUGCCAGAAAAUAUCGAGAAGGCUUUGAGCAAAGUGGGCACCACCAUUGUCUUAUGCCUUCUCACUUUCCUCUAUGCUGGUAUCAAUAUGUUUUGCUGGUCAGCCGUGCAGCUCAAGCUUAACGAUUCGGAUUUAAUUGACAAAUCCCAAAACUGGUGCAGAUUGGCUUUGUAUUACAUCCUGAGGUUCCUGGAGAAUGCUUUUCUCUUGCUGAUGUGGUAUCUCUACAAGACAGACGUCUACACGUACAUAUGCGCCCCGAUGCUGUUCUUGCAGCUGCUGAUUGGCUAUUGCAUAGCUGUCCUUUUUAUGCUUGUGUUCUACCAGUUUUGCCACCCGUGCAAAAAGCUUUUUUCAUCCAAUAUUUCAGAAGGACUGGUGCUGUGUUUCAAGUUAUUUUGCUAUGUCUGCAAACCUCUUGCGUCUAGCACCUCUGUGGAAAAGGCAGACUUGAAAUCACCAGAGGACACGGAAAAUGACACACAGGCCAGUUACAAGGCAAAUGAAUCCCAGAAUGGAAAUGCCCACCAGAGUGUUUCUUCCAAUGCCUAGAGCAGGUUUCUGAUGUCAAGGAAGUACUACAUAAAGCCAGCGGUCACUCCCUUCGAGACCUUGACUGUUGAAGGGGGAAUGCCUAGUUAGGCAUAUGACUAGCAGUAUGACUGAACAAAUGGUUGUAGACUUAUGCAACACAGUA